AUACAGCAGCCCUACCUUUUCUAUGGGAAGUUUGGGGGGCUUGACAGAAGCAGCAGCAGCAGCAGCAGGUAUUCGUGCGAGGAGAGCUGAAGUAAUGAGAAGUCAUCAUGGAGGCCCAGUCCCAUAGCUCUGCCACAACCGAGAAGAAAAAAGUUGAGAAUUCCAUAGUGAAAUGCUCCACUCGAACAGAUGUCAGUGAGAAAGCUGUUGCCUCCAGCACAACUUCCAAUGAGGAUGAAAGUCCUGGACAGACCUAUCACAGAGAGAGAAGAAACGCAAUCACAAUGCAGCCACAAGGUGGGCAAGGCCUCAGUAAAAUCAGUGAAGAGCCUUCAACAUCUAGUGAGGAAAGGGCCUCAUUAAUAAAGAAGGAGAUCCAUGGAUCUAUAUCGCACCUUUCUGAGCCUUCUGUACCUUAUCGUGGGACGGUUUUUGCAAUGGACCCCAGGAAUGGUUACAUGGAUCCUCAUUAUCAUCCGCCUCACCUUUUUCCAGCAUUCCACCCUCCUGUGCCAAUUGAUGCAAGACAUCACGAGGGACGUUACCAUUAUGAACCAUCUCCCAUUCCUCCACUGCAUGUGCCUUCUGCCUUAUCUAGUAGCCCAACAUAUUCAGAUCUUCCGUUCAUUAGAAUUUCCCCACACAGAAAUCCGGCUGCAACAUCAGAAUCUCCCUUCAGCCCUCCUCACCCUUACAUUAACCCUUACAUGGACUACAUCCGAUCACUGCACAGUAGCCCGUCUCUGUCCAUGAUCUCGGCAGCCCGUGGACUCAGCCCUACAGACGCUCCACAUGCUGGAGUCAGUCCAGCUGAAUAUUACCAUCAGAUGGCUCUAUUGGCAGGUCAGCGCAGCCCAUAUGCAGACAUUAUUCCUUCAGCUGCUACUGCAGGAGCUGGCGCCCUUCAUAUGGAAUACCUUCACGCCAUGGAUAGUGCCAGGUUUCCGAGUCCAAGGCUGUCAACUAGACCAAGCCGAAAGCGUACGCUGUCCAUAUCGCCCCUGUCUGAUCAUAGCUUUGACCUUCAGACCAUGAUACGGACAUCUCCAAACUCCUUGGUCACAAUUCUCAAUAAUUCCCGUAGCAGUUCUUCAGCUAGUGGUUCCUAUGGCCAUUUAUCUGCAAGUGCAAUAAGUCCUGCUCUGAGUUUCACUUACCCUCCCACACCGGUAUCCCUCCAGCAAAUGCAUCAGCAAAUUAUAAGUCGUCAACAAACCCUAGGUUCGGCCUUUGGACACAGCCCUCCACUCAUCCAUCCUGCCCCAACUUUUCCUACCCAGAGACCUAUCCCAGGCAUCCCUAGUGUCCUGAACCCUGUCCAGGUCAGCUCUGGUCCUUCCGAGUCCACGCAGCAGAAUAAACCCACAAGUGAAUCUGCAGUGAGCAGCACCGGGGAUCCAAUGCACAACAAGCGUUCCAAGAUAAAACCAGAUGAGGACCUCCCCAGUCCAGGUGCAGGAAAUAUGCAGGAACAGCCAGAAGGAAUGACCCUUGUAAAGGAGGAAGGGGACAAAGAUGAAAGCAAGCAGGAGCCCGAAGUGGUCUAUGAGACGAACUGCCAUUGGGAAGGCUGUUCACGAGAGUUUGACACGCAGGAACAGCUAGUGCAUCAUAUAAACAAUGAUCAUAUACAUGGAGAGAAGAAGGAGUUUGUGUGCCGAUGGCUGGAUUGUUCCCGGGAGCAGAAGCCGUUCAAAGCCCAGUAUAUGUUGGUGGUACACAUGAGGAGACACACAGGGGAAAAGCCACACAAAUGCACUUUUGAAGGUUGUACAAAGGCCUACUCCAGACUAGAAAACUUGAAAACCCACUUGAGAUCUCACACUGGAGAGAAACCAUAUGUGUGUGAGCAUGAGGGCUGCAACAAAGCAUUCUCUAAUGCCUCCGAUCGAGCCAAGCACCAAAACAGGACUCAUUCCAAUGAGAAACCAUAUGUUUGCAAGAUACCAGGCUGCACAAAGCGCUACACAGACCCCAGUUCUCUCCGGAAACACGUGAAGACUGUGCAUGGCCCCGAGGCACAUGUCACCAAGAAGCAGCGUGGAGAUAUUCAUCCAAGGCCUCCACCACCGAGAGACCCAGGCAGCCAUUCUCAAUCCAGAUCACCAGGCCAGCAGACUCAGGGUGCAAUUGGCGAGCAAAAGGACCUCAGCAACACUACCUCAAAGCGGGAAGAACGCCUCCAAGUGAAAGCUGUCAAGUCAGAAAAACCAAUGACAUCUCAGCCAAGCCCUGGUGGUCAGUCUACAUGCAGCAGCGAACAGUCCCCCAUCAGCAACUAUUCCAACCAUGGGAUCGAGCUUAAUCUGACCAGUGGAGGUAGUGUAGGAGACCUCAGUGUCAUUGAUGAAACCCCAAUCAUGGACUCUACCAUUUCCACAGCAACCACAGCACUUGGCUUACAGGCCAGGAGGAACAUGACAGGGACCAAAUGGAUGGAGCAAGUCAAAUUAGAAAGGUUGAAACAAGUUAAUGGAGUGCUUCCAAGACUGAAUCCCAUUCCACCUUCAAAAGCCCCAACCUUGCCACCUCUCAUAGGAAAUGGUAUCCAGUCAAGCAGCAGCUGCAGUUUAGGAGGAUCCAUGACUAUUCUACCCAACAGAAAUGAAAUUUCAAGUAUGGACAUCACAGUGUUAAACAUGCUGAACAGGAGGGACAGCAGCACCAGCACAAUCAGUUCCGCCUACUUGAGUAGCCGUAGGUCCUCUGGAAUUUCACCUUGCUUUUCCAGUCGAAGAUCCAGUGAUGCUUCCCAAGCUGAGGGAAGGCCUCAGAACAUGAGUGUCGCCGACUCCUAUGACCCCAUCUCGACUGAUGCCUCCAGGCGAUCCAGUGAAGUGAGUCAGUGUGAUGGCCUGCCAAGCCUACUCAGCCUCACCCCAGCCCAGCAAUACAGGCUGAAAGCUAAAUAUGCAGCAGCUACUGGUGGACCCCCACCAACUCCACUGCCUAACAUGGAGAGGAUGAGCCUCAAAACAAGGAUGGCACUGUUGGGUGAUUGCAGGGAGUCUGGAGUAUCUCCUCUGCCUCCAGUAAAUGCUCCUCGUAGAUGUAGUGAUGGUGGGGCAAAUAGUUAUAACAGGAGGCAUUUUCUGCCUCAUGAUGUGCUGGGAAAUGGGACAAGGAGAGCCAGUGAUCCAGUAAGAAUGGUUUCCGACAACCUUUCUCUGCCUAGAGUCCAGCGAUUCAACAGUCUUAAUAGCUUUAACCCUCUUGUUUUGCCUCCAUCUAUGGAAAAGCGAAACUUUAUUCUUCAGAACUAUACCCGCUCUGAUGGCGGCCUGUUCCGUAACGCCUACUCCCCAUGUCCUCCGAGUAUCAGUGAGAAUGUCACCAUGGAGGCUGCUACCAUGGAAGCGGAUGGUGGUCUAAAUGAUGAGGAUCUCUUGCCAGACGAUGUGGUUCAGUAUUUGAAUUCCCAGAACCAAAGCAUGUAUGACCAUUUGCCAAAUGAUGUCCUGGACAAUAACAAAGUGCAUCACGGGUCAGCAGUAGGGAACAACAACUUUCACCAGGCCCCUUCACCAAACAGUCAACAGACCAGCUCUGAAGCAAACAAAAGCGACCUGCCAAUCCAGUGGAAUGAAGUAAGCUCAGGAAGUUCUGACUUGUCUCCUUCAAAAAUGAAAUGUGGUCCACGCUCGGCAGUCCAACAAACUCGAGCUUUUGGACUAUAUAACAAUAUGAUGGUCCAGCAGCAGAACCUGGAGAGAAAUGGUAUGGCCCAACAAAAUGGCUAUCAACAUCUUGUGGAAAACAACAGCUCUUACAGUUUACAUCAGAACAUGAUUAUCAGCAACAACACCACCAGUAACUCUUUCAACAUGCAGGCAAAUAAGGCACAGCCAUAUGGUGAAAGCAUCACCAGACAACCAAUGAUUUCUGGGGCAAUGGACAGUUCCUGUGGCAUAGUGAUUCAAGGGCAGAAGUUGAGGAACAACAGCAUGCUAAUAAACAAGAGUCAACAAAACUUUGGCCAUCCCAUGGUGCCAGGUGAGCAAUCUGUCAGUAUGGCUAAUGGGAUGCAGAGUAGAAAUACGAUAGAACAGGAAUACCUGCAGAAUCAGCCAAUAGGGGAAGGCAUUCAUUAUCAGGGAGUCAAUCAAACCAAUCAAAUGAUGUUAGGGCAGGUUAGUCCUACCUCACAAAUGAGCCUUUGUCAAGGGCCACAGAGUUGUCCACCAAUGUCUCACAACAUUGGAAACCAGCAAUCAGGUUUGGUGGUGACAAAGAGUUACCAGCCAUGUGCCAACUAUGGAGGCAACAGACGGCAAAACAUGCUGAGAAACACCCUGGCACAACAGCAAGGAUUUAUAAGUGAUGCAAACCAGACAUACAGGGUAAAUGGCAUUAAGAUGGAGAUGCAAGGUCAAUCACAACAGUUCUGCUCUAAUAUGCAGAAUUACUCUGGUCAGUUAUAUGACCAAUCCAUGGGCUUUACUCAGCAAGCUAUGAAAACAGGUUCUUUCUCUAUUUCGGAAGCUAACUGCCUGCUGCAGGGGACUGGUAUUCCAAAUUCGUCUGAGCUUCUUUCCCCAGGGGCUAACCAGGUGACAAGCACAGUUGACAGCAUUGACAGCAACAGCCUAGAAGGUGUGCAGAUUGAUUUUGAUGCUAUCAUAGAUGAUGGGGACCAUGCCAGCUUAAUUUCAGGAGCCCUGAGUCCGAGUAUCAUUCAGAAUCUCUCACACAAUUCUUCACGCCUCACCACUCCCCGAGCGUCUCUUACAUUCCCAGCUAUGCCUGUGAGCACAACAAACAUGGCUAUUGGGGACAUGAGUUCUUUGUUGACCUCACUUGCAGAAGAAAGCAAGUUUCUUGCUGUUAUGCAAUAGACAUGGGGAAAAAAACUUAGGAGAUAACCGAUAAAAAGUGACUCAUUUUUUAGUUGUGUAUGUAUUUUAGCAAUCUCAUCUCACCUAAAUGGGAUGUGUUUCAAGUAUAUUCCUUUUAUGGAAUAAGGACUCCGAAAACCCUAAAGUGUUCUAGGGAGAAACUGUCUUCCAUUUCAGUUUUGAAUCAGUAUUGUUAGACCCACUCCUCUCUCUCUUUUUUUAAAUGUCUGUAUACUUUUUUCUUUUUUUAUUGUAAACCAAUGUAAACGUGUGAAGUGCAUGUUUUGUUUUGUUUUUUAAAGGAAGGUCUAAUGAAAUGACUUUGCAAUUUUCUUUUACUCAAAGGAAACACAGUCUUGUAUGAUUGUUGCCAAUGUUUUUAUUUAUGUAGGCACAAAACAACCAGGCAUGAUAUACAGAGUACAUACAGUGAGUAAAGAGAGCUUCUGUGAACGCAUUGCUGUAAGGUGGACAGCCAAUCUACGAACAAA